AUGGAUUUUUUUUAAGGAUUAAGUGAAAAAUAUAAUGAGAUAUGGAAAAAUAUUAUCUCUCCAUAAAGGCAAAUUUAUUUUUUAAACGAUUUAGGACCUAAAGUUUAAAUAGUAAGAAAUGUUCCAAUAAUAAGAUAUGAUGUAGAUCUAAUAAACUCUAGGGAAUAAGUAUUAAGAUGCACAUAUUAUGCACCAGAUUCAUAUGAUAAAUCUAAAAUAGGUUGUGUUAUCUAUCUGCAUGGAAACGCAAGUUCUAGGAUAGAAGCAUUAACUACAUUUAAUUAUGUACUACCGCGUUCAAUUUUAUUUUGUUUUGACUUUGCUGGUGCAGGGAAAAGCGAUGGAUAAUAUGUAACAUUGGGUAUUAAUGAAUCAGAGGAUUUAUCACUAGUUGUAGAUUAUAUCAGAAACAACAUUGGCGUAUAAAAAAUUGCUCUUUGGGGAAGAAGUAUGGGAGCAUCAACAGCUAUAAAUUAUUGUGCUAAUAAUCCUAAUAAAGUAUCUGUAAUGGCUCUUGAUUCAGGCUUUAUAAAGCUCAGCUUUAUUCUUGAGGAGAUUGGGAAGCAAAGGACAAAAAUUCCAAAUAUUUUGGUUGAUGCAGUUCUUCAUUUUAUAAAGAAUAAAAUAAAAAAUGUCUUAAAUAUGGAUAUUUUUUAGUUAGAUUUAUUGGAGUAAAUAAAAAAGAUAAAUAAUUGUGAAGGCAUCAUAUUUUGCAGUGCCUAAAAUGAUUCUAUCAUUAAUUCCUAUCACACUCAAAAACUCUUUGAGACAUAUAGAGGUGACAAAAAAAUAAUCAAAUUUGAAGGCGAUCACAACACUUUAAGGCCUCCCUAAGUGCUUCAAUAAAUAGUUUAAUUUUUAGAAUAAAGAAUGUACGGAUGUGAUUUAUCACCUGUUUCUUAUUAAGCAUAAGAUGAAUAAAAUAAGUAUUAAUUUAAAGAAUAAAAUUACGUAAAUGACGAAUUGUUUGCUUAAGCAUUUUAGUAAAUUCCUUAGGCUCUAGAUAAAACAGAUUAAUUAGUAGAUAUUUGUAUCAAAUAAAUGGAAUUUCUAGCUUGUCCUUUUUAAUCUACAAAUCUUACUCCAACACAUACUAGUUAAGAUAAAUAUAUGAACUUGUCUGUGUCAAACUAACAAUAAUAACAACAACUACUACAACCAGAAAGUCCUAUAUCGAAAAAAGUAGUUGCAGAUAGUGAUACAGGAUAUACUUAUAGAGAUAAUAAUAACUAUUAAAAUAUGAACAAAUCUUUAAACAGUACCAAAAGGAUAAAACAAAUAUGUACAAACGCUAAAGUGUUAAACGAGUUAAGCAUAAAUUCAUUUUAAUAAAUUCCUUUCAAUUAAAAUUUCAGUAAUUAAAACCAUAUUGCAAAUACAAAUUCUAAUUAAUUUUAAAAAAAUCCGCCAUCUCCAUCUGAUGAAGCAUACAUACAAAGCUAGUUUUCUGUAAUUAACUUUAAUGAUGCAACUAAUACUAUUUAACAAGUCAGGAAAUCAAAUAAUACCUUUUCGAAAAAACCUACAAUAUCUAUAUAAAAAUAAGAUAAGUAACAAGGUAUUCAUCUAAUUAGUAAACCAAAUAUGACCUAAAUUAGCACUAGCUGUGAUACAGUCCUUGAUAAAAAGAAAGAAGAUAUUUUGAAGAGAAUUUUUGAUGAGUUAGAUAGUAAACAAUCAAACUAAACAAAUAAAUCACAGCCUCAAAUUCAACUUUUGCAUCCUCACUUUUAAGCUUUUUCUCAAAGCAGUGAAGCUUCUAAUAAUUAGCCAUAUAUAAAAAAAGAAAAAAUGUAGCUUUCAACCUCAAAUUGUGCUAUGUAAUAUCCUUAGCAGCAAAAUAAAAAUUAAAAUAGUCUAUCUCAUUCUAGCAGACCACAUAUGCACCAAGCUAAUAUUAACCAAUAAAAUGAAACCAAAAUACUUAAUACUACCAGAAGAGAAGCAAGUCAAGAAGAUUUCUCCUAAAUUCUGUUCUAAAAUAGGGUCUAAGAAAAACUACCAUCUUAACAUUAUCCAAAUGAAAAGACUAAUAAUUAUUAGUAUAAAGAUGAAAAAGUUUAAGUAUAAUGUGUUAAUUACACCUUAAAAUAUCCUUAAUAAUAAAAUAAAGCUCAAAAUAUAAAUGUUUUAAAUAACUCCAGUAGACCACUAUAAUCUUAAGGUAAUACCACAUAUCAAUUAUAACAUGACAUCAGAACUUAGAAUAUGAUAAGAAACGAAAUAAAUUAAGAAGAUCACAUUUAAAGAUUGAACUAAAAUAGAGCUUAGGAAAGAAAUACUCCUUAAAAUUUAACAAUGUCAUAAAAUAAUUAAAGAAGUUUUGCACAAACAUAAAAUAUAGAUUUUAGUAACUCUUUCAAUAAAAGGGAUAAUUCUUUAACAAAUAAAGAUUUAAAUGAUAGAUAUAAAUUCAUGACUCAUUGUAAUAGUUCUCCUAUUAAUUAUAAAGCUAAAAAUUAUGAUAUCAAUUAGUAAUUUAACAUUUCAAGUAGCUAAUCAGUUUUAAGAAAAUGA